UUCAAAUAAAACUGCUGGGCCGGAAUCCCCUGGAAGGAAAUGUAGGCACAGACGCCGGCAGGGCCGUUCGCUCGCUCGCUCGCUCGCUCGCGCGCGUUAUUCCCGCUUCAGACUCAGGCACAAGUACGACUUCCGGACGGAUCAUGAAGGUGUGCAGCAUCGACUGCCGGCGGCUGAAGAAGAUCCUCAGGAAGGAGCGCGGGAGCUGCCUCGUCGUGGACUGCAGACCGUAUUUCUCCUUCACCAACUCCAACAUCAAAGGCUCCGUCAACGUCAACCUGAACUCGCUGGUGGUGCGCAGGUCCCGGGGAGGACCGGUGCCGCUGCAGUUCGUCAUCCCGGAUGAGAGAGCCCUGUUCCGCCUCCGGGAGGGCAGCAUAUCGGCCAUCAUCGCGCUGGACGAGCAGACGUCCCACUGGCAGAAGCUGAAGAAGGACAGUGUAGCGCAGAUCGUCAUCAACACGCUGUCGCAUCUCUCCAGCGGGACCAGCGUUUGUUUCCUGAAGGGAGGAUACGAGAACUUCCACUCUCAAUACCCCGAGCUUUGCACUGAGGUGAAACCCGCGGACCGGACCGGAACUGAAACCGAGAAACGAGUCAGCAGCCACCCGGAGAAGCAGUUUCACCGCAAACCAGAUUAUGAUCAGGGUAAACCUGUGGAGAUCCUGCCUUUCCUCUACCUCGGUAGUGCCUACCAUGCCUCCAGACAGGACUAUCUCAGCGACCUUCACAUCACUGCCUUGCUCAACGUGUCUCGCAGAGACCUGCAGCCUGCCAUUGGCCAGUAUGAGUACAAGUGGAUCCCAGUGGAGGACAGCCACAUGGCAGACAUCAGUUCUCACUUCCAGGAGGCUAUAGAGUUUAUAGACCAUAUCAAGCAAUCAAAAGGAAAAGUCCUGGUACAUUGUGAGGCAGGCAUCUCACGCUCACCAACCAUCUGCAUGGCUUACAUGAUGAGAACGCAGCACCUGCGGCUGGACGCGGCUUUCGACAUCAUCAAGCAGCGGCGAACGGUCAUCUCCCCAAACUUCAGUUUUAUGGGCCAGCUGCUACAGUUUGAGUCUGAGGUCCUGUCCAAUGCCCCGGUACUCACUGCAACACCCCAACCAGCUGCUCCCUCUGUCCCUGACUCAGUCUCCUUUUUCGCCAGUGACUUUACCGCCACCUUUAACACCAAAAAAUUUGAGGCAUCCGUGUUCACCUUCCCUACCUCUUGUCUGCAGUCCCCAGUCCACCACCAGUUCAAACUGAGCCCUAUAACUGCACUGCCUUAAGAUGAACUCUGGUUGCUUGUAGUUUUACUUGAAAACAUACUAUGGAUCUGUUUGUGUGGACUGUUUGAAUCAGCAGGACGGAUAGAUCGGAAAUCAGCAAUGGAAAGAAUGAAAUGAAUAAUGUUUAGAGUUUUCCCUGUCUUCUGAACUGCAGUGUUAUAACAACACAGCACAGUAAAAAACUGCAAUAUACUUGCCUUAGCUUAAUAUUGUGAUUUCUCUGCCUAUUCACUAAUAUAUAGAGGCAGUUAAACCUAAUUUAUUUAAAGCAACGGUCUGUUUUUUUCAAUAAAGUUGAUAUUAAUGUGUUUAAUAAAUGUUUUCACCAAAAUAAAAAACAUAAACAACU